GUGGAGAAGGUGGAGUGGCCAGUCCUCUCUCACUCCACACAGACAGAGCGAGAGAAUCUCCCAUGUCCUUCAGAGCGCACAGACGCUCAGAGAGCAGGGCAGCGGAGAGAGACUGACCGAGUGAGAGCAGGAGAGGAAGGAGAGGGAAAGAGAGAGAGAGAGAGAGAGAGAGGAACAGAGGUUCUCUGCCUGCACCUGCAGCUCCAGUCACUAUGGCCGAAGCAGGAGAAGGAGAGGAGGAGAUCCAGUUCUUACGGACGGAGGAUCAGGUGGUGCUGCAGUGCACGGCGACCAUACUGAAGGAGCAGAUCAAGCUGUGUCUGUCCUGUGAGGGAUUUGGGAAUCGCCUCUGCUUCCUGGAAACCACAUCCAAUGCUCAGAAUGUGCCGCCUGAUCUGGCUAUCUGCUGCUUUAUCCUGGAGCAGUCCUUAUCGGUCCGCGCUCUUCAGGAGAUGCUCUCUCACACCAGCGAGGCAGUGGAUUUGGAUAAAUGGUCAUCACAAGGCGGAGGCCAUCGGACGCUGCUGUACGGACACGCCAUCCUGCUCAGACACACACACUCCGGCAUGUAUCUGAGCUGUCUGACCACCUCGCGGUCCCUCACGGACAAGCUGGCCUUCGACGUUGGCUUACAGGAGGACUCGACAGGUGAGGCGUGCUGGUGGACCAUCCACCCUGCAUCUAAGCAGAGGUCUGAGGGUGAGAAGGUCAGGGUGGGUGACGACCUCAUUCUGGUUAGCGUGUCAUCCGAAAGGUACCUGCACCUCUCCUACGCCAGCGGAGACCUGAUGGUGGACGCCUCCUUCAUGCAGACGCUGUGGAACAUGAAUCCAGUCUGCUCCGGCUGUGAACUGGCUGAAGGGUAUCUGACUGGAGGGUAUGUGCUCCGCCUCUUCCACGGGCACAUGGAUGAGUGCCUGGCCAUUCCUGCUGCUGACCAGGGGGACGACCAGCGCAAAAAUGCCCAUUAUGAGGGAGGCGCUGUGUGCAGCCAUGCAAGAUCACUGUGGAGACUGGAGCCUCUUCGCAUUGGGUGGAGCGGCAGUCACAUUAAAUGGGGUCAGGCCUUCAGAGUCCGUCACAUCACCACAGGGAGGUACCUAAGUCUGGACGACGAGAAAGGACUGCUGCUGGUGGAUCCGGAGAAAGCAAACACAAAGAGCUCUGCCUUCUGCUUCCGAGCAUCAAAGGAGAAGACUGAGGUGGCUCAUAAGCGUGAUGUGGAGGGGAUGGGAAUCCCUGAGAUAAAGUAUGGCGAGUCCAUGUGCUUUGUCCAGCAUGUAGCCACUAGCCUGUGGCUGACCUAUGCCUCUGUGGACGCCAAGUCCGCUCGGCUCGGCCCCCUGAAGAGGAAGGCGAUUCUUCACCAGGAGGGCCACAUGGACGACGCGCUGACCGUCGCUCGCUCUCAGACGGAGGAGUCUCAGGCCGCCAGGAUGAUCUUCAGCACUGCAGGACUCUUCACACAGUUCAUCAAGGGUCUGGACUCUCUGAGUGGGAAAAAUAAAACGCCCGGUCCUCCUCAGUCGCUGCCGUUGGAUGCUGUGGUUCUCUCUCUGCAGGACCUAAUCUUCUACUUUAGACCACCAGAGGAGGAGCUGGAGCACGAGGAGAAACAGAGCAAACUGAGAUCUUUGAAAAACAGACAGAACCUGUUCCAGGAGGAGGGCAUGAUCUCCCUGGUGCUGGACUGUAUUGACCGUCUGAACGUGUACAACACAGCGGCUCAUUUCUCAGAGUUUGCUGGAGAGGAGGCCGCCGAGUCCUGGAAGGAGAUUGUUAACCUGCUGUAUGAGCUGCUGGCGUCUCUGAUCAGAGGUAACAGGGCGAACUGUGCUCUAUUCUGUGAUAAUCUGGACUGGCUGGUCAGCAAACUGGACCGACUGGAGGCUUCUUCAGGUAUUCUGGAGGUCCUGUACUGCAUCCUGAUCGAAAGCCCUGAGGUGCUAAACAUCAUCCAGGAGAACCACAUCAAGUCCAUCAUUGCUCUGCUGGACAAACACGGCCGCAAUCACAAGGUUCUGGAUGUGCUCUGCUCUCUCUGUGUGUGUAACGGUGUGGCUGUGAGGUCCAAUCAGAACCUCAUCACAGAGAACCUGCUUCCAGGGCGGGACCUCCUGCUCCAAACCAACAUCAUUAAUUAUGUAACCAGUAUGAGGCCGAACAUCUUCCUGGGCACGUGUGAGGGCUCCACUCAGUAUAAGAAGUGGUACUAUGAGCUGAUUGUGGAUCACGUGGAACCGUUCCUGACGGCACAGGCGGGUCACCUGCGAGUCGGCUGGGCACUGACCGAGGGCUACAGCCCCUACCCUGGAGGAGGGGAGGGGUGGGGCUGUAACGGGGUCGGGGAUGACCUUUACUCCUACGGCUUUGAUGGGCUGCACCUGUGGUCAGGUCGUGUUCCUCGCCAGGUGGCUUCGCCCAGUCAGCACAUCCUGGCAGCAGAAGAUGUGGUGAGCUGCUGCCUGGAUCUGAGCGUGCCCAGCAUCUCCUUCCGCAUUAACGGCCACCCGGUGCAGGGCAUGUUUGAGAACUUUAACCUGGACGGCCUCUUCUUCCCUGCAGUGAGCUUCUCUGCUGGCAUCAAGGUUCGUUUUCUCCUGGGUGGUCGCCAUGGUGAUUUUAAGUUUGUGCCCCCGCCGGGUUACGCCCCCUGUUACGAGGCCGUGCUGCCCAAAGACAGGCUGCGCAUCGAGCCCAUUAAAGAGUAUAAACACGACUUUAACGAUGUGCGGAACCUGCUGGGCCCAACGCAGUCACUGUCCCACACUGCCUUCACGCCCAACCCCGUGGACACGGUGCAGAUCGUUCUUCCUCCUCAUUUAGAGCGGAUCAGAGAGAAGUUGGCUGAGAACAGUCAUGAGCUGUGGGCCGUCACUCGCAUCGAGCAGGGCUGGACCUAUGGACCAUUUCGUGAUGAUAAUAAGAAGCUGCACCCGUGCCUCGUGGACUUCCAGAGUCUUCCAGAGCCGGAGAAGAACUACAACCUGGCCAUGUCUGGAGAGACACUCAAAACUCUGCUGGCGCUGGGUUGCCAUGUUGGAAUGGGUGAUGAAAAAGCUGAGGAAAACCUGAAGAGGACCAAACUGCCUAAAACCUACAUGCAGAGCAACGGGUACAAACCUGCUCCUCUGGAUCUGAACCACGUCAAACUGACCCCCAACCAGAACACGCUGGUGGAGCGGCUGGCUGAAAAUGGACACAACGUCUGGGCCAGAGACCGAGUCCGGCAGGGCUGGACCUACAGCAUCGUACAGGAUAUAGUGAACAAGCGGAACCCUCGCCUUGUGCCUUAUAAUCUUCUGGAUGAGAAAACUAAGAAGACCAACAGAGACACAGUGUGUGCUGCAGUCCGAACCCUCAUCGGCUACGGCUACAACAUCGAGCCUCCGGACCAGGAGAGCAGUGGCCACGGCAUUGGUGAAAGCAGCAGCCAUAAGAUCAGAGUGUUCCGGGCGGAGAAGUCGUACGCUGUGACCCAGGGGAAGUGGUACUUUGAGUUUGAGGCAGUGACGGUGGGGGAGAUGCGGGUCGGCUGGGCCCGGCCGAGCGUCCACGCUGACAGAGAGCUCGGCUCAGACGACCUUGCUUACGUCUUCAAUGGCUUUAAGGCUCAGCGCUGGCACGUGGGCAGCGAGCCUUUCGGACGUCAGUGGCAGCCAGGCGAUGUAGUGGGCUGCAUGAUUGACCUGACCGAGCAGAACAUCAUGUUCACGCUGAACGGAGAGAUGCUGAUCAGCGACUCCGGCUCAGAGAUGGCCUUCAAAGACAUCGAGAUUGGAGAGGGCUUCAUCCCCGUUUGUAGCCUGGGCCUCUCUCAGGUGGGUCGGAUCAACUUGGGCCAGAACGUGAGCAGUCUCAAAUAUUUCACCAUCUGCGGCCUGCAGGAGGGCUUUGAGCCGUUUGCUAUCAACAUGAAGAGAGACAUCACCAUGUGGUUCAGCAAAAGCCUACCUCAGUUUGUCCCUGUCCCACCUGAACACCCUCAUAUUGAGGUGUCUCGUGUGGACGGCACGGUGGACAGCGCCCCCUGUCUGAAGCUGACCCAUAAGACGUUCGGAUCACAGAACGCUAACACGGACCUGCUCUUCCUCAGACUGAGCAUGCCCAUCGAGUUUCACGAAACCUUCAAGGUGCCAGCGGGCCGAACCCCGCUGACCCGUGCCCUCACCAUCCCGGAGGACGAGGCUCUGGAGGUCGACCCGAACUCAGACUACGAGCUGCUGAAGAAAUCCGCCUCCCGCAAAGAGCAGGAGGAGAAGGAGAAAGAGCCGUCUGUGCCCAAAGAGCUGCCGGGCAUCAAAGAGGGCGAGAAUGAGAAAGACACGACUACAGAGAAGAGCAAAAAGAAAGGGUUCUUCUCCAAAGCGAAGAAGGCAGCUUUUAUCGCUCCACCGCCUGUUGUUCCCACCGUUCCCCGCCUGGUGGAGGACGUGGUCCCCGACGAUCGAGACGACGUGGACAUCAUUUCAAACACUACUACAUAUUACUACUCUGUGCGUGUGUUUGCGGGGCAGGAGCCCAGUGGGGUGUGGGUCGGCUGGGUGACCCCGGACUACCACCAGUACGACCCUCACUUUGAUCUGAGUAAAGUGAGAAAUGUUACCGUCACCGUGGGAGACGAUAAAGGAAACAUACAUGACAGUAUGAAGCGCAGUAACUGUUACAUGGUUUGGGGUGGUGAAUUCAGCAGCUCUCAGCAAACCCGCAUCAGUCAGGAAGACUUCGUGAUUGGCUGCCUUGUUGACCUUGAUACGGGGCUCAUGACCUUUACAGCCAAUGGGAAAGAGGUCAACACAUUCUAUCAGGUGGAACCCAACACUAAACUGUUCCCUGCCGUCUUCUGUUCGCCCUCCAGCCAGAACAUGCUGCAGGUGGAGCUUGGAAAACUCAAGAACAUCAUGCCCAUUUCAGCAGCCAUGUUCCGCAGCGACCGGAAGAACCCGGUUCCUCAGUGCCCUCCCCGCCUCGAUGUCCAGAUGCUGACCCCAGUGAUCUGGAGCCGCAUGCCCAACCACUUCCUGGCCCCUGAGACGGCCCGUGUGAGCGAGCGGCUGGGCUGGGUGGUGCAGUGCACAGAGCCGCUCACCAUGAUGGCCCUGCAUAUUCCAGAGGAGAACAGGUGUAUAGACAUCCUGGAGCUGUCUGAGCGGAUGGAUCUGAUGAAGUUCCACUAUCACACCCUCAAGCUGUACGGCUCUGUGUGCGCGCUGGGAAAUAACCGCGUCGCCCACGCACUCUGCAGCCACGUGGACGAGUCUCAGCUCUUUUACGCCAUCGAGAACACGUACCUGCCCGGGCCGAUCCGCAGCGGCUACUACGACCUGCUCAUCUCGAUGCACCUGGAGUCCGCCAAGCGCAACCGCCUCAUGACUAACCGGGAGUUCAUCGUGCCCAUGACGGACGAGACGCGCAGCAUCACGCUGUACUCAGACGCAGAGAAGGCCCACGCACUGCCCGGAGUCGGCCGGUCCACGUGCCUGCGGCCCAAACUCCACUUUGCACCUACAGGGUUCGUGGGGACCAAUGCCGACCUCUACACGCUCAGCCCCUUCAUACCACUACAGAUCCUGAAGGACCAUGCCCUGAGCAUGCUGACGGAGGCAGUGCAGGAUGGUGGUCAGGCCAUGCGCGAUCCUGUAGGGGGCAGUGUGGAGUUCCACUUCGUUCCCAUCCUCAAACUCAUCAGCACUCUCCUCAUCAUGGGCGUCUUUGAGGACGAGGACGUUAAACACAUCCUGAAACUGAUCGAGCCGUCUGUGUUCAGCGACACGGAGACGCCAGCGCAGGACGGAGGAGAAGGGGAGCAGCAGCUCGUCAGCAAGGAGGAGGGAACGGAGGAGAAGAAGGAGAAACAGACGGAAGGAGACAGUGAAGACGAGCUGCUGGAUGAAGGAGUGGCGGAGGAGGAAGAGGAGGAUGAGGACCUGGAGGAGGAGGAGGAAGAGGAGGAGGAGGAGGAGGAAGAGCAGACUGAGAAAGAAGAAGAGGAAAAACACGCACUGGCUGAGAAAGCAGACAGAGAGAAAGCAGCUGGGGAGGAGGUGGAGCCAGGGGCGGAGCCUGCAGUUGGAAAGGAGGAGCAAGAAGACGUUGGGGAGGGGCUUCUCCAUAUGAAACUUCCUGAGUCUGUUAAACUACAGAUGUGCACUCUGCUGCAGUAUUUCUGUGACUGUGAGCUGCGGCACCGCGUGGAGGCCAUCGUGGCCUUUUCAGACCGGUUUGUCACUCAGGUCCAGUCCAAUCAGAGACAGCGCUAUAACGAGCUGAUGCAGGCGUUCACCAUGACGGCCGCGGAAACGGCCCGGAAAACCAGAGAGUUCCGCUCUCCUCCUCAGGAACAGGUGAACAUGCUGAUGAGCUUCAAGAGCUGUCCAGAGGUGGAGGACUGUCCCGUUCCUGAGGACGUUCGUGGUGAACUCCAAACGUUCCACACUGACCUGCUGUGUCACUGCGGUGUGCACCUAGAGGAGGAGGAGGAGGAACAGCAGGUGGAUGCGUCGCUCCGUGGGCGGCUCCUUCGGCUGAUAGAGAAGGUGAAGAGUCUGCGCAGGAGGAAGCAGGAGGCGGAGCCAGAGCCCGAGGACGAGAAGAAGCCCAGUACUCUGCAGGAGCUGAUCUCCCACACGAUGAUCCACUGGGCUCAGGAGUCUUUCAUCCAGAACCCCGAGCUGGUGCGGAUGAUGUUCAGUCUGCUGCACCGUCAGUACGACGCGCUGGGCGAGCUGAUCCGCGCCAUGCCUAAAGCGUACACCAUCAACUCGGUGUCGGUGCAGGACACCAUGGAGCUGCUGGAGUGUCUGAGCCAGAUCCGCUCGCUGCUCAUCGUCCAGAUGGGCCCAGAGGAGGAGAGGCUCAUGAUCCAGAGCAUCGGAAAUAUCAUGAGCAAUAAGGUGUUCUACCAGCACCCAAACCUGAUGAGAGCACUGGGCAUGCACGAGACUGUCAUGGAGGUCAUGGUCAACGUGCUUGGCGGUGGAGACUCUAAGGAGAUCCGGUUCCCGCGCAUGGUGACCAACUGCUGUCGUUUUCUGUGCUACUUCUGCCGAAUCAGCCGUCAGAACCAGCGAUCCAUGUUCGAUCACCUGAGCUACCUGCUCCAGAACAGCGGCAUUGGCCUGGGGAUGCGUGGCUCUACUCCUCUGGACGUCGCUGCAGCGUCCUGCAUAGAUAACAAUGAGCUCGCUCUGGCUCUCCAGGAGCAGGACCUGGAGAAGGUGGUGAAGUACCUGGCGGGCUGUGGGCUGCAGAGCUGUCCGAUGCUCCUGUCUAAAGGAUACCCUGAUAUCGGCUGGAAUCCCUGCGGUGGGGAGAAAUAUCUUGAUUUCCUCCGAUUUGCUGUCUUUGUUAACGGAGAGAGCGUGGAGGAGAACGCCAACGUUGUGGUUCGUCUCCUGAUCCGGCGGCCUGAGUGUUUCGGUCCUGCGCUCAGAGGAGAAGGGGGUAACGGUCUGCUGGCAGCCAUCGAGGAGGCCAUCAAAAUCUCUGAGGACCCGGCCAGAGACGGGCCGAGCGUCAAGAAGGACAGACGCUUCCCCAUGUUUGGAGGGGAGGAGCAGCACGAGGAGAACAGAGUUCACCUGGGAAAUGCUAUCAUGUCCUUCUAUGCUGCUCUCAUUGACCUGCUGGGCCGUUGUGCUCCUGAGAUGCAUCUGAUCCAGGCAGGUAAAGGAGAGGCUCUGAGGAUCAGAGCUAUUCUCAGGUCCCUGGUGCCCAUUGAGGACCUGGUUGGUGUUAUUAGUCUUCCAGUCCAGAUACCUGCGUUUGGAAAAGACAACAGCAUUAUUGAACCGAAGAUGUCUGCCAGCUUUGUCCCUGAUCACAAGGCUCCAAUGGUGCUGUUCCUGGACAGAGUGUAUGGUAUUGAUAACCAGGACUUCCUGUUGCAUGUGCUGGAGGUCGGAUUCCUGCCGGACAUGCGGGCGGCGGCCUCUCUGGACACAGCUGCGUUCAGCACCACUGAAAUGGCCCUGGCUCUGAAUCGAUAUCUCUGCUCCGCUGUUCUGCCUUUAAUCACCAAAUGUGCCCCCCUGUUUGCUGGGACGGACCACCGGGCCAUCAUGAUUGACUCCAUGCUGCACACCAUCUACCGGCUCUCCCGCGGCCGCUCCCUCACCAAGGCUCAGAGGGACGUGAUUGAGGAGUGCCUCAUGUCUCUCUGCAGGUAUCUGCGCCCUUCCAUGCUCCAGCACCUGCUGAGAAGACUUGUGUUUGAUGUGCCAAUUCUCAAUGAGUACGCCAAAAUGCCACUCAAGCUGUUGACCAAUCACUACGAGCGAUGCUGGAAGUACUACUGUCUUCCCAACGGCUGGGCGAACUUUGGCGUGUCGUCAGAGGAGGAGCUCCAUCUGACCCGGAAACUUUUCUGGGGAAUCUUUGAGUCUCUGGCACACAAGAAAUUUGAUGCCGAACUGUUUAAAAUCGCGAUGCCCUGCAUCUGUGCCAUAGCUGGUGCCAUACCUCCUGAUUAUGUGGAUGCCAGCUACUCUUCCAAAACAGAGAAGAAAGCUUCUGUUGAUGCUGAGGGCAACUUUGAUCCCAAACCUGUGGAAACCACCAAUACGAUCAUUCCUGAGAAGCUGGACGGAUUCAUUGACAGAUACGCAGAAUAUACACAUGAUAAAUGGGCUUUUGAGAAGAUCCAAAACAACUGGACGUUCGGUGAGGUGCUGGAUGAAAAUGCCAAGACUCAUCCCAUGCUCAGGCCAUACAAGACAUUUUCUGAAAAGGAUAAAGAGAUCUACCGUUGGCCCAUUAAAGAGUCCAUCAAGGCCAUGAUCGCCUGGGAGUGGACACUGGACAAAGCCAGAGACGGAGAUGAGGACAAAGCAGAGAAGAAGGCGGCUCGCAAGAUCUCCCAGACUGCGCAGGCAACCUAUGACCCCAGCCACGGCUACAGUCCUCAGCCUAUAGACAUAUCAGGCAUGACGCUGUCCAGAGAGCUGCAGUCCAUGGCUGAGCAGCUGGCGGAGAACUACCACAACACCUGGGGCCGCAAGAAGAAGAUGGAGCUGCAAGCGAAGGGUGGUGGGACUCAUCCUCUGCUGGUGCCUUACGACACGCUGACGGCUAAAGAAAAGGCUCGAGACAGGGAGAAGACCUACGAGCUGCUCAAGUUCUUACAGCUCAACGGAUACGCUGUUACGAGAGGGCUGAAGGACAUGGAGAGCGAUAUCUCCUCUAUCGAGAAGCGCUUUGCUUACGGCUUCUUACAGAAACUGCUGAAGUGGAUGGACAUCGCCCAGGAGUUCAUUGCACAUCUCGAGGCUGUGGUCAGCAGUGGCCGUGUGGAGAAAUCACCUCAUGAGCAGGAGAUCAAGUUCUUUGCCAAGAUUCUCCUGCCUCUGAUAAAUCAAUACUUCAAGAACCACUGCCUGUACUUCCUGUCCACUCCUGCUAAGAUCCUGGGCAGUGGGGGUCAUGCGUCCAACAAGGAGAAGGAGAUGAUCGCCAGUAUUUUCUGUAAGAUGUCUGCUCUGGUCAGACACAGAGUCUUUCUCUUCGGCACAGACGCUCCGGCCAUCGUUAACUGUCUUCACAUCCUCGCACGCUCACUGGAUGCCCGGACGGUGAUGAAGUCUGGGCCUGAGAUCGUGAAGGCCGGGCUGAGAUCUUUCUUCGAGAGUGCAGCUGACGACAUUGAAAAGAUGGUGGAGAACCUAAAACUGGGCAAAGUGUCGAAGGGCAACCAGCCAGUGAAAGGUGUGUCCCAGAAUAUAAACUACACCACCGUCGCCCUCCUGCCCGUCCUCACCUCACUGUUUGACCACAUCGCACAGCACCAGUUUGGGGAUGAUGUUAUAUUGGAUGACCUGCAGAUGUCCUGCUACAGAAUCAUGUGCAGCAUCUACUCUCUCGGGACGGUGAAAACUCCGCAUGCUGAGAGACAGCGUCCUGCUCUGGGUGAGUGUUUAGCUCACCUGGCCGCUGCGAUGCCUGUAGCCUUCCUGGAGCCCCAUCUGAACGAGUACAACGCUUUCUCCGUCUACACCACCAAAACACCCCGAGAGAGAGCCAUCCUGGGUCUUCCUAAUGAAGUGCAGGAGCUGUGUUUGGACAUCCCUGAGCUGGACAUUCUGAUGAAGGACAUCGGUCACCUGGCUGAGUCCGGAGCUCGUUAUACGGAGAUGCCACACGUGAUCGAGAUCACUCUGCCCAUGCUGUGUAACUACCUGCUGCGCUGGUGGGAGCGGGGGCUGGAGAACUUUCCACAGCUGGAGGGGCAGCUGUGCACCGACGUCACCUCAGACCACCUCAACCAGCUGCUGGGGAGCAUCACGAAGAUCGUGGUGAACAACCUGGGCAUCGACGAAGCUCCGUGGAUGAAGAGACUCGCUGUGUUUGCGCAGCCCAUUGUGAGCAGAGCGAAGCCGGAGAUGUUGAAGUCCCACUUCAUCCCUACUAUGGAGAAGCUGAGGAAGCGCACGGCGAAGGUGGUGGCGGAGGAGGAGCACCUGCGCAUGGAGGGGAAAUCAGAGGGAGACGAGGAGGAAGGAACCAUCAGGGACGAGUUUGCUGUUCUCUGCAGGGAUCUGUACGCCCUCUACCCACUGCUCAUCCGCUACGUCGACAACAACAGGGCGAGUUGGCUGACCUGCCCUGACCCUGAUGCUGAGGAGCUUUUCCGCAUGGUGGGCGAAGUCUUCAUCUUCUGGUCCAAAUCUCAUAACUUCAAGCGUGAGGAGCAGAAUUUCGUGGUGAUGAAUGAGAUAAACAACAUGUCCUUCCUCACCGCCGACAGCAAGAGCAAGAUGAGCAAGGCCGGAGACUCUGAGGCUGGCGGCUCAGAUGUGGAACGUACGAAGAAGAAGCGGCGGGGGGAUCGUUACUCAGUACAGACGUCCCUGAUCGUCGCUGCGCUGAAGAAGAUGCUCCCCAUAGGACUCAACAUGUGUUCACCUGCUGACCAGGAGCUCAUUAACCUUGCCAAGAUCCGCUACUCCCUGAAAGAUACAGAUGAAGAGGUGAGAGAGUUCCUGCAGAUCAACCUGCACCUCCAAGGCAAGGUGGAGGACCCCUCUAUGCGCUGGCAGAUGGCUCUGUAUAAGGAGCGGGCGGGGAAGGCCGAGGAUGCGGACGCUCCUGAGAAAGUGGUGAAGCGAGUGCAGGAGGUGGCUGCUGUUCUUUAUCACAUCGAGGUGACGGAGCACCCGUUCAAAUCCAAAAAGAUGGUUUGGCACAAGCUGCUGUCCAAGCAGAGGCGCAGGGCGGUGGUGGCCUGCUUCAGAAUGACCCCCCUCUACAACCUGCCCAGGCAUCGAGCAUCCAACAUGUUCCUGGAUGCUUAUAAACGGAACUGGCUCCAAACUGAGGGAUACUCCUUUGAGGACCGGAUGAUCGAUGACUUAUCCAAAGCAAUGGAGCAGGAAGAGGAGGAAGAGGAGGAGACGGAGACGAAGCCGGACCCUCUUCAUCAGCUCAUCCUUCACUUCAGCCGCACUGCACUCACAGAGAAGAGUAAACUUGACAUGGACUAUCUCUACAUGGCUUAUGCUGAUAUUAUGGCAAAGAGCUGCCACAUCGGUGAGGAAGAUGAGGAUGAAGAGGAAGACCAGGCUGGAGGAGCAGAGGAGAUGUCGUUUGAGGUGCGACAGUCAGAGACGGAGAAAGAGAUGGAGAAACAGAGGCUCCUGUAUCAGCAGUCUCGCCUCCACAACCGCGGAGCAGCAGAAAUGGUCCUGCAAAUGAUCAGCGCCUGCAAAGGUGAGACAGGCUGCAUGGUGUCUUCCACCCUUAAGCUGGGCAUCUCCAUCCUGAACGGAGGGAACAGUGAAGUCCAGCAGAAAAUGCUGGACUACCUGAAGGACAAAAAGGACGUUGGUUUCUUCCUGAGUGUACAGACACUGAUGCAGACCUGCAGUGUUUUGGACCUGAAUGCGUUUGAGAGGCAGAAUAAAGCUGAAGGUUUGGGAAUGGUGUCUGAGGAGGGCACAAACAUGAAGCUAGAGCGGGGUGAGAAAGUGAUGGCAGACGAUGAGUUCACCUGUGACCUAUUCCGUUUCCUGCAGCUACUCUGUGAAGGACACAAUAACGAUUUCCAGAACUACCUCAGAACUCAGACUGGAAGCACAACCACCAUCAACAUCAUCAUCUGCACUGUGGACUACCUGCUGCGUCUGCAGGAAUCCAUCAGUGAUUUUUACUGGUAUUAUUCCGGGAAGGAGAUCAUUGACGAUCCAGGAAAGAGGAACUUCUCCAAGGCCAUGGCUGUCGCCAAGCAGGUCUUCAACAGCCUGACUGAGUACAUCCAGGGCCCCUGUACAGGUAACCAGCAGUCUCUGGCCCACAGCAGGCUGUGGGACGCUGUUGUUGGUUUCCUUCACGUCUUUGCUCAUAUGAUGAUGAAACUGGCUCAGGGAAGAGACUCGAGUCAGAUCGGCCUGCUGAAAGAGCUGCUGGACCUGCAGAAGGACAUGGUGGUCAUGCUGCUCUCACUGCUGGAGGGUAAUGUUGUGAAUGGCACGAUUGCUCGUCAGAUGGUGGACAUGCUGGUGGAAUCUUCCAGUAAUGUUGAGAUGAUCCUGAAGUUCUUCGACAUGUUCCUCAAACUGAAAGACAUUGUCGCCUCUGACGCUUUCCGAGACUACGUCACUGACCCCAGAGGUUUGAUUUCGAAGAAGGACUUCCAGAAAGCGAUGGACAGUCAAAAGCAGUACACGCCUUCGGAGAUACAGUUCCUCCUGUCCUGCUCCGAGGCAGACGAGAACGAGAUGAUACACUACGAGGAAUUCGCCAGCCGCUUCCAGGAGCCGGCGAAGGACAUCGGCUUCAACAUCGCCGUCCUGCUGACCAACCUGUCAGAGCACGUUCCCCACGACACCCGGCUGCAGAACUUCCUGGAACAGGCUGAGAGUGUCCUGAACUACUUCCGGCCGUUCCUGGGCCGCAUCGAGAUUAUGGGCGCCAGCAGGAAGAUCGAGAGGAUCUACUUCGAGAUCAGCGAGGUGAACCGGCGACAGUGGGAGAUGCCGCAGGUCCGCGAGUCCAAGCGGCAGUUCAUCUUCGACGUGGUGAAUGAGGGCGGCGAGUCCGAGAAGAUGGAGCUUUUUGUGAACUUCUGUGAAGACACCAUCUUUGAGAUGAACAUUGCGUCCCAGAUUUCAGAGCAGGAAGAAGAGGAGAAACUAGAGGACGAUGAAGAGCCAACCGAAGGAGGAGAGGGAGGAGGAGGAAAUGAUGAAGAAGGUGGAGGAGAAAACAGCCAACCAGAAUCCAGCUCCGCUUUCGCAGACUUUCUCACCAGCAUGCUCAACUUUUUCGGGAUGUUCACCUUCCGUAACCUUCGCAGGCAGUACCGGAGACUCCGGAAGAUGACCGUAAAAGAGGUCAUCGUCGGCGUUGCGACCUUCCUCUGGACAAUCCUGUUGGGCAUCUUCCAUUUCAUCUACAGUGUGUGUAAAGGACUCUUCCUGCUCGUCUGGCACACUCUGUUCGGGGGCAGUUUGGUAGAAGGAGCCAAAAACAUCACAGUGACCGAAAUCCUGGCCAGCAUGCCGGAUCCCACUCAGGACGAAGUGCACGGAGACCUGCCUGGAGAGCCUGGAGGUGGGGAAGAGCAAGAGGCCGGAGGAGUGACAGACUCCACAGAAGCAGCAGGAGGAGAGGAGGAAGAUGAGGAGAGCACAGAGAAAGAUGUGGGAAAAAUCCCUGGCAUCGAUACGCCCGGCGGACUGGGGGAUAUGGGAGACACGACUCCGAUCGACCCUCCAACUCCAGAAGGUUCUCCUUUAACCAAGAGGAAAAUGCAGCCAGAAGAAGCCGGAGCUGAACAGACUGCAGCUGUAGAGGAGCCGCCACCUGAGCCGGAGAAAGCAGACACUGAAAACGGUGAGAAGGCAGAGAAGGAAGUGGUGGCCAAGGCUGAAGAGCCGCAGGAGAAGGAGAAGGUGGAAAAGACCAGUAAAGCAAAGAAAGAGAAGAAAUCGGCCAAAGAUGAAGGAUUUGAGCUUUGGAACGAGCUGGAUGUUCAAAGAAAUAAAUUCAUGAACUAUCUGUCUCGCAACUUCUACAACCUCCGCUUUCUGGCUCUGUUUAUCGCCUUUGCUCUGAACUUCAUUCUGCUCUUCUACAGGGUGUCAGACACUCCUCCAGGUGAUGAGUUUGAGGGUUCUGGGCUGUUUGAAGGUUCUGGGCUGUUUGAAGGCUCUGGGGAGGAGAUGGACGGCUCUGGAGCGGAGGAUGGAGGUGGUGAUGAUGAUGAUGAGGAAGGGCCUGUGUACUACUUUCUGGAGGAGAGCACAGGAUACAUGCAGCCCACGCUGGCCUUCCUCGCCGUCCUCCACACCGUCAUCUCCUUCAUCUGCAUCAUCGGAUACAACUGCCUCAAGAUCCCUCUGGUCAUCUUUAAGAGGGAGAAGGAGCUGGCGAGGAAGCUGGAGUUUGAUGGACUGUACAUCACUGAACAGCCUGAGGAUGAUGAUAUUAAAGGGCAGUGGGACAGACUCGUACUCAACACACCCUCAUACCCAAACAACUACUGGGACAAGUUUGUGAAGCGAAAGGUGCUGGAUAAAUACGGGGAUAUUUACGGCCGAGAGAGGAUCGCGGAGCUGCUUGGGAUGGACCUGGCCUCGCUGGAUGUCAGCAAACAACAGAACGAUAAAAAACCUGAGGAACAGGACAACUCCAUGCUGGCCUGGCUCACAGCUGUUGACAUCAAAUAUCAGAUCUGGAAAUUUGGAGUCGUGUUCACAGACAAUACGUUCCUCUAUCUGGUCUGGUACACUGUGAUGUCUCUGCUCGGCCACUACAACAACUUCUUCUUCGCCUGUCACCUGCUGGACAUCGCCAUGGGCGUCAAAACACUGCGGACCAUCCUGUCCUCUGUCACGCACAACGGCAAGCAGCUGAUGAUGACUGUCGGUCUCCUGGCGGUCGUUGUGUAUCUCUACACCGUCGUGGCCUUCAACUUCUUCCGCAAGUUCUACAACAAGAGUGAAGACGAGGACGAGCCGGAUAUGAAGUGUGACGACAUGAUGACCUGUUACCUGUUCCACAUGUACGUAGGUGUGAGGGCAGGUGGGGGUAUAGGAGAUGAGAUUGAGGACCCUGCAGGUGAUGAGUACGAGCUCUAUCGCGUCGUUUUCGACAUCACCUUCUUCUUCUUCGUCGUCGUCAUCCUCCUCGCCAUCAUCCAGGGUUUGAUUAUCGAUGCGUUUGGUGAGCUGAGAGAUCAGCAGGAGCAGGUGAAGGAGGAUAUGGAGACUAAAUGCUUUAUCUGUGGAAUUGGGAGCGAUUACUUCGACACGACUCCACACGGCUUUGAGACUCACACUUUAGAGGAACACAACUUGGCUAAUUACCUAUUCUUCCUGAUGUAUCUGAUAAACAAGGAUGAGACCGAACACACCGGUCAGGAGUCGUAUGUGUGGAAGAUGUAUCAGGAGCGCUGCUGGGACUUCUUCCCCGCCGGAGACUGUUUCAGAAAGCAGUACGAGGAUCAGCUGGGAUAACCGUCAGGAGUCUGUAACUCACCACACACAGGGUUCCUACACAGCAUGGAAAACUGUGGAGUUUGAUUUGGUUUCCAGGUCUGGAUAAGUAUGGAAAAGAGAAAAGAGAGUAUGGAAAAAUAUGCUACUGUAUUCUGUUCUCCAAAAUAUAAAACUCUGAAUUUUUAAAGAUAAAUUGAUCAUACACAGUGUUUUUGGCGAGCACAGCUAAACUGUGAGAGAGCUCAGUGUUGUUGAAAGCAGAGCAAGAAGUGUCGUAUAGCCUGCAGUCAGCUCUGAACCAAGUGCCUUACAGUCAGGGCUGGGAUGUAACGGGAGAUAAGUAUUGGAAAUAUUUAUUCAGAAUACAGAAAUAAAGCAUCUGUAUUCAGUCCAAGGUACAUUUUGUAAAGGCCGUAUUCAGAAUACAGUUACUUUUUACAUUUGUAGGCAAAUUAAUUUAGAAUACUUACCCAGUAAGUAUAAACAUAUAUAACAUAUAUUUAAUAUUUAAGAGAAACACCAUCAAUCAUUGUUUAUUAACUAUUUUAAUAUCAGUGCACGGCGUGUAAAGACUCGCUCUAAAGAUGAACGACUUCUUUAGAAAGUUCCUAAAGCCUGAGUGAACUGAUAAACCACUGUGAUGAGCCAGUGCAAGAUUUUGUUGUUGGAAGACGGAAAAUUGCUUAGUUUAUGAGACGGCAUGAGACAUUCAUGGGAGCAGCUGUGGACUGAAUCAGCGAUGAGAGAUAAAAUAAUGUUGAGAAUUUCGCAACUUCAUUUAAAAUAAGUACAUUUUUAUGAAACAUUAACAUAAGAAUUAUAUGAAAACAGCCAAUCAGUUACAGCGAGGAACAGUGUGAAUUAAAUAAAAAUUACGAUUAGUUUUUUCCAGUGUGCCUUAUGAAUAUGUAUUCUAAGUGUAUUCUGAAUACUUUACGUCUUUAUUUAUUGACAGUGUACUCAGUGUUCAGCCAUCACUACUUUUUCAGUGUUCUGCCCAAACCUGUUUAUGACUGCACCAAAUCCAGAAAUACACAACCAAAUUAGUUGGAAAGAAAAUGCAGCAAUAUCUUUAAAUUGUGUAUUUACACACCUAAUAUCACAAAUAACCAAGUGUUAAGCUUGUCUGAAUAUUUAUGAGUUAUGCAGUGAUGCAGUUAUCAGAAACGUAACUUUUUUCCACUAACUUUUGGUUCUUAAUCAUAGAAGAGAUUAAAUAUGGAGGAACAAUAAUAUAACGUUAUUUAUUCACUGUUAUGGGAAAAUAAUACGAGUACAGGCAGCACUGGUUAGUUUCCAUCCUCUUUGUGCAGAGAUGUUUGACAGCGGAACACCGUCCAGCUUUCUGUGCAGCAAGUUUUCCGAGGGCCGGUAAAGCUCUGGACAUUUGAGUGUGGAAAUGUAUGGAAUUCUGAAAUGGAAAGUGUGUAGGAAUCCUGAUCAGAGUCAAUUCUGUAAUAACUGUUUUAAUAACUCUACUUUCAGUUCUACAUGAGAGCGAGUUUGCUUUCCCAGGAGAUGACGGCGAUUAGUGACAUAUUAUUGUUUUAUUUAGAUGAAUUUGUUUGUUUUCUCAUGUCAUUGACAGCAUUUACAGGCAGAGCCGUGUCACCUUUUCAGAAGUGCAGUGUCCUGUAGUGCCUGUAGGGGGCAGACUUCAGCUGCUGAUCCUCCACAAACUGUAAACUUCUGACAGUCAUUUUAUUUAAUAAAUGAUGUUCUGCAAACA